AUGAAGAUGUUGAACUACACUUUCGUCAGCCUCACACCGUCGCAACUCGAAGAACGGCGCCGGCAACUUGAUCUCUCGGGCCUGUACGCAUGGCUGAGCCCCAUCACGCUCCUUGUCAGCAUAUACUUCUGUCGUCAAGUGUUCAGAUCAUGUGAUAGUGUGUCCCGACUCAUACGGACUGAUCAGCGUCCACCAACUCCACGGCGCAGUCUUGGGCAACACAGUAAGAAUGCGCCAUAUCGUUCUCCCUCUUCGUGGGAAUUCGAGAGCCUCGUUCGUCAGAUACGAUGGAUUCUUGGCACGACCACGGCGACGGACUUUGGCCCUCUAUCCACCCAAGUCGUCGGUCUCCUUUACUUUCUCUGGCUCGUCUACCUUGCCUUCCGCGCGACUGGCACAGACUACAUGCAUCUCACCAAGUCGUUCGGCCAUAUCGCCGUGUCCCAAUUGCCCAUCCAUUACCUGAUGGGGGCAAUCAAGUCUCCAAAUUCACCAAUUACUCUAGCCACCGGACUGGGUCAUGAACGAUUGAAUGUGUUUCAUCGCCUCCUGGGCCGUAUCAUCCAUGUCCUGCUGAGCAUCCAUGCGGUGCUGUAUCUGCAUUUCUUUAUCAGAAUAGGUGUCCUGGCCAAACGCCUUCGAGACCGCGAUGUCCGCUUCGGCCUGGCUGCCUUUGCCGCGGUCACUCUUUUGGCGGGUCUUGCGCUGCCGGCUGUGAGAAAUAGGGCUCGGGGAUGGUACCAUGCUAUCUUUUACAGAAGUCAUGUUCUGCUAAGCGCCUUGAUCUUGCCUCUGGUUUGGGUCCAUGUGCCCUACCCAAGCGUGAGGCUGUAUAUUGCGCAGACAGGCUUGAUUUGGGUUCUUGGAGGGCUUCUGAGGCGGAGUCGGCAGUGUCAGAAAGUCAAGGCCACGUGUGACUUGCUUGCGGGAGGAGGCGAUAGUGAUGUCGAUCUGAUCGGUGUCAAUUUCACAGUAUCCGCGUCAAGUCCCUGGGCUAGGGCUCAGCCAGGACAACAUGUUUAUUUACGGCAAGCCAGCGGCCGAGUGUACUGGAAACUGUUACAACCGAGGAACCCAUUCACAAUUGCGAAUAUGCGAGCCGUCGUGCAUGCUCGAGACUAUGAAGGCGACGGUAAGAACGCGCCUAAAGGAGCCGGUGAAACGGAAAUCCAGCUCGUGCUGAAGAACACCGGUGGACCGCAGACGUCAUAUCUCGCAGAUGUUGCAAGGUCGGCGGCAAGCUGGAACGAUGACGACGACAACAACAACAACAGCCACACAGACAGCGAAGAAAGGGGCAGGAGGGAAAUCAACCCUUCUACUACUCCUACCACUACAAGAGCAGCCGCUGUUUCUGAUCCGUCCACUGUGGACUUACUGGUUGAAGGACCAUACGGCGGAUCGGGGAUAUAUAUCCCACGACUCCUUGAGGAGAUGAAAUGGGUUCAACCCGAUGGCAAUGCUUCUGCUGCUUCACAUGGCCCAAUCAUACUCAUUGCAGGCGGGGUCGGCGCGACCUACAUCAUUCCAAUAUACCUGGCUCUCAUGGCCGCGCAGACUCAAAGCGCUUCAGACCCUGCAUCAAGGCCGUCGCUGUCUAGUCCCGGCUCAAGAGGAGACCACUCCCCUGACAACGAGGAACGGAACAGUCGGGGUAGGGGACGUACCAUCAAGAUGAUCUGGCUGGUCAAGACCACGGCCGCCGCUCAAUGGGGAAUCGACAUUCUGACUCAGAAGUCGCAGCAACCUCAAGGACAACAAUGGACAGUCGUUGGCCAAGAAGAUAAGGCUCGAGAUUCGACCCCAGACGCAACCGUGGAUAUCUACACAACACAACAAGACGGAUAUACCUUCGGGGACUACCAGCUGGUCACGACAACAACAUCCGUACUGACGCCGGCCACUGGCACUCGACACGCAGUCAUAAAGAUCCAUCGACUCGGCCGCCGUCCGGACUUGUCAACCAUUGUCGCCGAUGCUCUGACACCAAGUUCUUCUUCUAUCUCUGUCUCAGACUCUGUUGCUUGCUCUGGCGGUGACGCAACUGGCGAAUCGAUGUCAACAUCAAGUCAAAUGCAGACCCAGCCAGGAAAAGCGAUAGCGACAAAUGAUCAGGAUUCCGGGAUAAGGAACAGAAAACAGAAUCACGCCCAGCCACAGCGUCCAUAUUCAACGCUGUGGCCUCACAGACAUCAGCAACGGCAGGACUCGGGCGACGCGGAUAUCAUUAGAGUGCCUGAUGCGAGGGUCAGCAAGCAGGCGCAUUCCCAGCCAACUGCCAGUGUAUUUAUUUGCGGCCCCGCUGGUCUAGCAAGGAACGUGAGACGAAUUCUUGGGACCCAAGUCCGCGCGGGAAGAGAUAUAGAGGUGUUUGAAGAGGUGUUUGGGUUCUGA